AUGGCAAGUGUUAGAGCCAAGGAAGUUAAAUCCGAGGGUGAUCGACUAGCGGAAGAGCUUGAGAGCCUUACGCUGGAGGACGAUGAGGGCAUUCAACAAACGAAGGAUGGCGUGUCGAUGAAAAACAUGCAUUUCACAAACGGAGACUGGUUUCCGAAAGAAAAGCCGAAGCCCGCGAAAAUUCCUGAGGGAGCAGCAGAUGUGGCUUCGGGAGCCGAUGGCGAAGUCCAAGGGAAGGGCGCUCCGGACGGAUGCGGAGUCGAUUUCGGAAGCGACACCGAAGAAAGCCAGAAAGAGGACGAAGAGGAUGCCGAUGAGGAUGAUCUCCUCAAGUACAAGGACGAGGAGACCGGGGAAGUACCUCAGUCUUUCUUCGACGUUCUUUGCAGGGAAUGCAGCAAGAUCCCGUACACUCCCGAGGAAAACCAGGAGCGACGAAAUAAAGGUCAUAAGGAACGCAACCAGAUGCUGCUCGACGGCAUAAAAACGAAUCACCGCGAGUGGUUCUAUCAAAUCGAGGAGAAAUUAGCCCUCGAGAUGAUGAAUCAGAAGAGGAAGGCUCUCAAGAAGGCACGGAAAGAGGAACAGACACUCAACGCUGCCUAG